AUGUCCAAAUUAAAUACAAAAUUAACACCCGUUGACCGAUAUUUGAGAAUAAUUAAGGUUAUUCGGUUUUUUGUUGGAUUCUGUGGCAAUGAUGUGGCCAAUCCGAACUUUAAGAUGUGGUGGCUGACCUAUUUGGUACUGAGCGCCAUUGGACUAUUUUAUGCCUGUACAGGAUACACAAUAUACCGAGGAGUGGUGAUAGAUGGAGACCUCACGAUCAUUCUGCAGGCCAUGGCCAUGGUGGGAUCUGCUACUCAAGGACUAACUAAGCUAUUGGUUACUGCCAACUUGGCACCUUUGUUGCGUCACAUACAGUAUAGCUACGAGGAUAUCUACCGAGAGUAUGGCGCCAAGGGCGGGGAAUACACCGAGUGUCUAGAGCGCAGAAUUAGGAUCACCUGGCGACUCAUGCUGAGUUUUUUGUGUCCUUGUUUGAUGAGCAUGGUCUGCAUUGUGAGCUUUCCCAUAUUUUAUCUGGUGGUUUAUAAAAAGAAAAUCAUGGUCAUGCAAUUCUUGAUGCCACUAAUCGAUGAAAAUACCGACGGCGGCUACAUGAUUCUCUCGGCGGUGCAUGUGGGUCUCAUAGCUUUCGGUGGUUUCGGCAACUACGGAGGCGACAUGUACCUCUUUCUGUUUGUGACUAAUCUUACUCUAAUCAAGGAUAUAUUUUGCAUAAAAAUAAAGGAACUCAAUGAAGUGGUGCUCAAGAGAACCGAGUACGAGCAGAUGAGACUAUUGCUAUUCGAUUUGGUGGCCUGGCACCAAAAAUAUCAAAACAUUCUUUUAACAACGAGGAGGAUCUAUAGCAUUGUGCUUUUUGUGCAACUUUCUACCACCUGCAUGAGUAUGUUGUGCACCAUCGCCUGUGUUUUCUUACACGUCUGGCCAGCAGCUCCCAUUUAUCUUCUUUAUGCUGGCACCAUGUUGUACGCCUUUUGUGGUCUUGGAACUGCAGUAGAAAUUUCGAAUGACGCCUUGAUGAGAGAGAUCUACUCCGGUUGUCUGUGGUACGAGCUGCCCGUGAAGGAGGAGAAGAUCAUUGUCCUGAUGCUGGCCAAGGCCCAAACGGAGUCAUAUCUAACCGCCGCCAACAUGUGGCCCUUGUCCAUGAACACAGCCCUCCAGCUGACCAAGGGCAUGUAUAGUUUCACCAUGAUGAUGCUGACCUACUUGGGAAUGGAAAAAUAA